UUUAAGUACCAACCGCUGCGGUGAAAAGUGCUGCCCAGGUUGGACUGUAGCCCUGAAAACCAGGAUGUGUACACGAGCUGUGUGCACCCCAAAAUGUAAAAAUAGGGGUGUAUGUAAGAAACCACAGAAGUGCGUCUGUAAAAUGGGCUUUGAAGGGUCUCAUUGUGAGAGGCGAAAUUCUGCAUUAUUUGCAAGAUCAUCACCAGUGGAAAAAGUCACCAGCUUUACCCCAACAUCUCUGAAAAUGAUAGCUGAAUCCCAGGAUGUAAAGGACAGUUCAGGAGAGCCGAGUUCUGCAGAACCCCCUAUAUUUCAAUCACAGUUUCAGUUUUCCACAACAAUAAUGCCGACUACAACUACCAAGAUGGCGUUGUCUGCAGUGGCCUCAGACCUGAAGUCAAGUACGAGCCAGAUAUUUAACCACCCACCUAAGAAUGGCACAAUGCUGAGCUGGCAGCCACUCACGGUGCAUGAGCUGCAGUCCAUUCUGCAGAGGAAGGGGUUAGCAGCAAAUGAUAAGAUGACUACUUUACUCACAAAGCAUUUGGAAUCACAGAAAACUCAAACAGCCAAGCAGAAUGGGAAAGAGAAACAGCGGACCCCCAACGCUAUACGCACCCCGAAAGGAGAAUUUAAUAUUCACAGGCAGAUCCAGAAUAGU